AUGAAAGCCGCGCGCACGAGCUGUGAGGGCUACCUCACCUUUCGCACGAGUCCGUCGUCACCUCCACCAAUGUUACGUCGUUAUUGCUUCCUUAUUGGCACUUCCUUUCAUUAUUAUAGCACACAGGAGGAUGCAUAUCACAUGCUACGGAUCAAGGGCGAGGUGGACGUGCUAGGAGUUCAGGAAUGGGACGGUAAAGGUAACAUGCACAUAUACCAGCAUGGAUUCUUGUUUGCUACAACGCAGAAUAAGGUAUUUUAUGCCUAUGCAGACACGGCAAUGGACAAGGAAAAAUGGAUCCGAGCAAUCCAAACUGCAGUCGUGACGACGGUACCUCGACUUGCAGCAGUAUUUUUCCAGCAUGCAUCGCAGGAUGUUGCGGUCUCACCAAUGAGCACUGUGACGGUUCCGUGCACCGAAACAGACGUGACGUGCAAGUGUCCCAAUUGCGCACAGUUGACAGCAGAAGCAGCUACUGCAAAGCAACCGGUACCGAUUGCCGCGACGCUCUUGUACAAAUGCAACAGUUGUGACGGGUUAUUUUGUGAUAAGUUCGCGACGCAUAAGGUGCCACUGCCGCAGAGAUCGUAUUACUAUGCGAAACGUGUAUGUGAUGGUUGCUACGAAGCACAAAAUUACAUUAACUAUUUGCGUGCUAUGGUGGAGCGUCUGAAGGCUGGAAUUUGCUUGUAUCCACGUCAGCUGAAUCCUGAGGCACCGAUUGAGCUCAUGAUGCCAAAGCGUCCGCUGCAGACUGAGUCAGCAAAAAUCGCUAUCGAUUUGCUUAAGGCAAAAGUGAUUACCGCAGAGGAAUGUGAGGAAAUUUUGCUCAAGGAUCGAAGAUUUUAUGACCAUACAAUGGACCAUCCCGAGAUUCCACUUGACCUGAAAAUAUUGGGCCUGCAUCGUGAAUUUCGUGCACGCAGUUUUAGCGUGUACCGUGCAGUUAUCUUGUUGCAUCGUCACUUGGAUAGUGAUCCUCUGCUAUUCAAGCCUAUUGUGGAAAAGUUGCUUCACUUUUCGUACACACGCAUCAACCAAGUGGAGUUUUAUUGGCCCCAGAUUGUACACGCGUAUUUGUCGAUUCCAAAUUUUGAUUUUGAGAAAAUAUUUUGGUUGGAUGAGCUCAUUUUGUCGGUGUGCUCGCGCUCCAUCCACCUCGCAUUACUGCUUCGAUGGCAAUUACAAGGCGCACUCGAAGAUUCGUUUGAUCCAAGAAAACCCAAGGAGAUGCAAGACAAAUACGCACGUGUAGUGCGUUUGAUGGUUGAAAUUGAGCGUGAGGUCGCUGGUGUAGACCGAGCCACUGUGCUUAGCCGUGACCCACAGCUAGGAACACCGCAGGUGCACAAGCGAAAUUUACCUUUGCCCACAGAUGACCAGCUGCAGGUUAUUGUGAAGCUAACGGAGGAGAUAGCAAACUAUCGUCGGCAAGCGCAUAGUUCCGCAGCCGAAAAUAGUUUACCUCCAAGCAGAGAUUUAGUGCUGCAGUUGUCGCCAUCUAUUGCACGGAACGCCACGAAUCGUAGCAAUUCGGUAGAUUCCGAUGUUGACAGUCGAUUCCGCGAUUUUUCGCGCUUCCAACAGCAUUUGCUUACACCUAAGGAACACUUAGACUCGAUGCUGAUCACGCACCCUACAUGUGACGACUAUGAGCAAGAUGAGCGGCUGUCCAUUCUUGAAGAGGAGGAUAAAGAUACAAGCAUAUUUAGCGAGUCUGUUCGACGCAUGAGUCAGACGGACAAGUCUCUGUUAGCGAAGCAUUUUGCUGACGAAUGCGACUUUGUAGAGCAGAUCACCGAUAUUGCAGAUGCGCUACGUUUUGUACCAUCUAUUAAGGAUCGUAAGGCUCAAUUGCCGUCAUAUUUGGUGAAGCUACACCUUCCACCCAUGGCAUAUGUGCCGCUGGUGAAAGCCACGGAUCCGUUUGAGCGUAUUGUGCGAAUACCUACAACGGAAGGCACCGCAUUCUCGACCAAGGCACGUGUUCCUAUAUUGCUAAUUUUUGAGGUGAUACGCGGUAACCCUUUUAACGAUGACCACGUACUUCCCGAGUCACCACGUUCUCCUUCAAGGCAAGUUCCGAACGACAAUUCUGCAUUUGAAUCUUCCGAGGUCAAUUAUGUUGAAGAUGAUGAGAUUGGAGAGCUAAUUGGACACCAGGCAAGUGAAGCUUUUGGUGGUGAUGUGGAGGAUGUAGAGGAAGUUCUACCGGAAGUUAUACACCCUCCCCCCAUUGUGCUCGAGACGCAUCAUACCCCAAUUUCCGCGUCUCGUCGUGCGCGGGUACCUGAGACACCAAGCAAUGUUCCUGACAUUGUGUCAACGCCAUCAACGAUACCUCCAAUCUUGAUGCAGCCUAGUGAAAAGUCGAUGGAUGCAGACGGUGGACCGACUGCAGAGGGCACGCCAUCAGCAUCGUUUGAAAUGGACUUAGCAACGGGCAAUUUAACAGCACAGGCGAUUGAGCGUGAAAAAGCACGCCGAAGAGAUUUUGAGGCGGCGUUUGGUGAAUCUUGGAGCUCAAAGCGCUCAAGACUGAAGGCUGCAUCGCCAUACGGCCACCUUCCUGGAUGGGACAUUGUGUCUAUGAUUGGCAAAAGCAACGAUGAUCUUCGGCAAGAGGUAUUUACUCUGCAAUUGAUUCAGAAGUUUGUUGAAAUCUUCAGGAGCGCGAAUCUUCCUAUGUGGGUAAAGAGAUACCGAAUCAUCGCUACAAGUUCAUCCACUGGGCUAAUCGAGACUUUGGUCAACGCGAUCUCGCUGGACGGUCUGAAGAAGCGUGAAUGCUAUGUUUCAUUACUCCAUCACUUCAAAAAAUCGUAUGGGCCACCAGGCUCGCACCGAUUUAAGGAAGCUCGGCGGAAGUUUAUUCAGUCGAUGGCAGGAUACUCACUUGUGUGCUACUUCCUUCAAAUUAAGGACCGGCAUAACGGUAAUAUUAUGCUGGAUGACGAAGGUCACAUUAUUCAUAUUGAUUAUGGAUUUUUGCUUGGAAUUGCGCCGGGAGGAAUGCUGAGCAUCGAGACAGCACCAUUUAAGCUUACAGCCGAGAUGGUGGAAACCAUGGGUGGGCAGGAUUCUGAGGGAUUUAAGGAGUAUGUUACGCUUUGUACGAGAGGUUUUCUGGCGUGUCAACAGCGCUGCGACGAAAUAUGUGAUCUCGUGAACGUAAUGUCACGCCAAUCGCCGUACCCGUGCUUCUUGGGCAUCGACGCUGAAUAUAUUUUAUUGCGCUUGCGGUCACGCUUCAAGCUGUCGCUGUCCAAACAAGAGACUGUGGCGCAUGUACUGGCGCUCAUUCGCAAGAGCAACAACAACUACAGCACCCGUCAAUAUGAUAACUUUCAGCGUAUGACGAACGGUAUUCUUCCUUAG